AUGACGACGAAGAGAAAACGUCAACCCGGGUGCCCAUUCUUGCUGCGUGACGAGAGAGAACUCCCUCCAGAGGCCACCAGAUGGGAACGCUUCCGUCGAAACCUGCUGUGCCCGCCUGGAGUCAAGCUGGGACGCGUGUGUACCUUCUUGCUGGCACUCCCACUCUUCUGGCUGGCUGGAUACGGUCUCACGGGUAGCGAGAUGCUCCUCGAUGGGAAUCUUUUCAAGCUCUACAUCGUGUUCUUCGCUUGUCUUCUUGGUGGAUGGGUCAUGGAGAUCAUCCGGCUCCCAGGUCUCCUUGGAAUGUUGUUGGUUGGCAUACUUUUAGGUAACUUGGAGCGCCAAACUGGUUGGAUGGAACACCCUCUUCAGCCGGAAUGGUCUGGGAAAAUUCGUGGUAUCGCCUUAGUAGUCAUUCUCAUACGUGCUGGACUCGGACUGAAUCCCGAGCAACUGAGACGUUUGAGUCUGAUGGUUACCCGACUGGCAUUUGUGCCCUGCACCAUUGAGGCAAUCGCGGUAGCUUGCUUCUCAUAUUUCAUUCUCGAGCUGCCUUGGACAUGGGGUUUCAUGUUGGGGUUCGCAUUUGCUGCAGUCUCCCCCGCCAUAGUCAUUCCGUGCAUGCUUAGAAUCCAAGAAGAGGGCUAUGGCGUCGACAAGGGUAUCCCGACGUUGUUGCUUGCAGCCUCAUCUAUGGAUGACGUCCUCGCAAUCUCCGCUUUUGUUGUCUUCCUCGGUGUCACCUUCUCCCAGGGCUCAAUUAUUAAGAAGAUAUUCAUGCCAUUUGCUGAAAUAAUUGUUGGGCUUCUAUAUGGUAUCAUCCUUGGGGUCAUUUUUUGGUUCGUCCCGAAUCAUAAAGACAGUUUUGCCGUUACAGAAAUCCGUUCCAUAAUGUUGUUGAUCGGUGGAAUUGCAUCAUAUUUUGGAAGCAUGUUCAUCGAGAUGCACUCAAAUGGCGCUUUGGGAGUUCUAUCGCUAGCGUUUGUUUCCAGCAUUGGGUGGCGUCGGCAGGGUUACCAGGAUGACAAUCCCGUCUCGCUCAAUUUCAAUUAUCUUUGGCUCAUCUUCCAGCCUCUCCUCUUUGGGAGAAUGAGUUGGGAGGAGGUCCAUUUCAUUAGAAUUGCCUUCAAGAGGGAAGACAUGGGGGAAAUCGAAAGUGGAACACUUCAUAAUGAAAAAAGGAGGGGGGAGGAGAGAGAAAGUGUCCUAGGGACAAGAAAAAAAUCAAUUGUGACAGGCCCUAGUUGA